UAACUUCCCAGCCAGCAGUCUUGGAAGUGGCUUCGGAAAGAGUGGUUCAAAGUAGCGCGCUCGUCGUCAACGUCGUCGGAAACUCGGAUCUUCUACAAAUUUGCGGCAGUAAAAGAAACAAAACAGACGCGACUCAUCAUGAGGCUCAUGCUGAGCAUUGCGCUAGUGCUCAGCGCACUAAUCGGCCCAAUCAUCACUUUGCCAAAUGGUGCCCCGGUUAGCGUGUGCGAAACGAUGCUUCCGUUCCACGGUGGUGGUAUUCCGCCCCUUACGACUGCCUCUCCUUUCCGGAUAACACCUGUCACAUCGGUCGUGGGCAGCGGCCAACAGCUGCAGGUCGAAAUCGAAUCCUUCCCCGCCAAUGUUGUGUUCAAGGGCUUCAUGAUUCAAGCCCGCAACCGUUUCCCACCGAACGAAGUGCUGGGUCAGUUUGAACUGACCGACGAGAGCGCUAUCAAACUGAUCAACUGCGGUGGCGAAAGCAACACUGCCACUCACACCAAUACAAAAACCAAAAAGGAUCUGGCUCUCGAAUGGAUCGCUCCCGCUAAUUUCAAGGGAGAGGUUGUAUUCAACGCUACAAUCGCUCAAGACUACGACAAAUUUUGGGUUGGAUUGGAAUCGGUUCCAGUGAAGGUCGUAGAAACUGGCCAGAAUCCUCCUCCAGUGGUUGGAAUCUCCACCACCCGGCAACCGCCAACAACCACCACUGUGCCACCGUAUGUUCCACGUGUCACCGCUGCGACCGAUUCAAGCGAUCCAAUCUACCAAGGCUGUGGAGACACCAAGGGAUGCUUCGGGUUCCCUGAGGGAUGCGUUGAAACCCGGAAUUGUCGUGCAGUUGUAGCCACGAUUGUUCAAGGAGAGCGAUAUAUUUUCGAAAUGAAGUCUGGAUACAAUCGUCCAGCGUAUAUCGCCGUUGGUUUAUCAAACGAUGCCAAAAUGGGUGACGAUUCGGUGGUUGAAUGUGUCCCCGAGCAGGGAACUGUCAAUGCUUAUGCUUCGUGGACAUUCGCCGGACCGUACGGAGUAUCUCGCCAGGGUAUUGCCCAGAACUUCAUUCGCCUGUUGGAGAAAUCGUACGUUGAUGGUGUGAUCCAUUGCAAGGUUGAACGGGACGCCGUUACUACCGUGAAGGGACAGAAGUUUGAUUUGAUCAAUGGAAAGUAUCAUCUGUUGUUGGCAACUGGAUCAGAAGCUGAUUCUACACACGUUUCGUAUCACGACAUCGGUCGCCAUGUAUCCGGAGUUCCUUUGGCUCUGGCCGAAGUUGGACCAGUUCAAGGAAUGUCUAAACUGUUGCUACGUUUGCACGGGGCUCUCAUGUUGACGGCGUGGAUUGGAACAGCAUCACUUGGAAUUCUUUUGGCACGUUAUUUCCGUCAGACCUGGGUCGGAAGCCAGCUGUGUGGAAAGGAUCAAUGGUUUGCUUGGCACAGAUUUUUGAUGGUGCUGACUUGGUGUCUGACGGUAGCUGGUUUCAUAAUCAUAUUUGUAGAAAUCGGAGGCUGGUCGCAAGUGGACAACCCUCACGCCAUUCUGGGUGUGGUUACAACAGUUCUGUGCUUCCUGCAACCUAUUGGUGCCUACUUCCGACCACACCCUGGAACCAAGCGGAGACCACUGUUCAACUGGCUGCACUGGCUGGGAGGAAAUUUGGCUCACAUCAUUGCCAUCGUUGCCAUAUUCUUUGCUGUUAAGUUGCAAAAGGCUGAGCUUCCGGAAUGGUUGGACUUCAUUCUGGUUGCGUUCGUGGCAUUCCACGUGUUUAUGCAUUUGAUCUUCUCCAUUUUCUCCUGGAUACAGAUCGGCGGCUGCGCAAGCGAGAGGCGUAACAACCAACGCGUGACCUCUAUGCAGAUGGCAGACAUGACUCCAUCAAGAAAUUCGAUGAGCUCCAUGGAUCGCAAACAGGAUGCUGCUUUCUCGGGCUUCCGGAAGGUCAUGCUGUUCUUCUACAUACUCAUCAUCGUGGCGUUUGUGGUGGCUCUAGUAGUUAUCACGGUGCUAGCUCCGAUUGAAGACGCCGUCGAGAGUAUAAAAAAGCAAAUCAUGAACUAAGUGCUCUGUUGUUCUAGAACAGAAUCUACCAGGCGGAAACCAGUAUACCUUUGAUUGUUGAUUACUUGUGCUAAUUUACAGAGUACCGCCUUAAGAAGCGGAUAUGUCGCAAUCGCUUGAAACGUGCGCACAGUGUCGAUUUAUCUGUACAAUUCAAAUCAACUUCUUGCAGAAUUUUCGUGUAGAUAAGUGUGUACAGUGCAGUAAUUAUUAUCGUUUGUAGUACGCGCGGAACAAUCAAUGACAGUUUCGAAAAAGGGUACAUCCCUGUUGUACAGUAAGUGGAGACGCGUUAGACAAAGUGUAUUAUUUGAGAGCAGUUAAGCAGUCAGAAAUGUGCCAUCUUGCAACGAGAGAAAAAAAAUUGCAGGACACCCACCAAUUAUUCAGGGAAUCAGUAUUUACUGCGAGAUGGGACAUAGCUGGCGAAUUUUUGAUAUUUAGAUGUAUUUGUUUCGUAUUAUUAUGUAUUUUAAAUGAUUCGUAUGUUAGCGAAACUCAAGCCAGGCUACCUUAUUGAUAACAUAAGCAACAAAGGAAAAAAAAAAACGUAAAAUAACAUGUCGUACUUAAAUAAAACAUUUCA